GACACCGCCGGCGGAUCGCUUGGAAAAACAUCGACUGCCGGCGGCUGAACUCCGCGAUGGCGGUGACGAAGAAGCUGGCGAUGCGCUUGGCGUACUCGGCGUUCGGGACCUUGACGGGGGUCUCCGUCUUCCUCGUCUUUAACCUGGUGCCGGGACUGCGACAGCCCUGCACCGCCGCCGCGGGAGGGUUGGCCGGUGUGCUGGCCCUCUGGGUCCUAAUCACACACGUGAUGUACGUACAGGAUUACUGGAGGACUUGGUUGAAAGGGUUGAGGUUCUUCCUCUUUGUCGGCGUGUUCUUUGGCGUCCUCGCUGUGGUGGGCUUCUGCACGUUCCUGGCACUGGCCAUCACGCAGCAUCAAUCCUUGAAAGAUGCCAAGAGCUACUACCUGUCCUGUGUCUGGUGCUUCCUCUCCUUCAAGUGGGCCUUCCUCCUUGGCUUAUACUCUCAUCGGUACAGGAAUGAGUUUGCAGACAUCAGCAUCCUCAGUGACUUCUAAGACCUGGACUUGAAUCCCACCAAAGGGAAGGCCCCUGAGGUUUGGAUGUUGGAGUGGAGGGCUGCUGGAUGUUUGAGCGGGCUCUUCGGACAAGGGCCUGGCAAGGAGGAAGCCUCCAAGAGGCCGGCAGCUGGGACCUGUCCAACUCCUGUUGCUUCUCUGCUGAUUUCAUUUGGGACUCUUCCUAAUUGCUUUUAUUCCAGUUGCUUGCCCUAUUGGCUAGUUCUGUCAAUACUGUUUGCGUGCUCAUCUUUCACAAGAUGGGUUUUUUUGUCCUUGUUUCGAGAGAUGAUUCAAGAUGCACAGCAAGACUGCGGUUCUGAUCCUGUAUGUUCUCCCCAUCCACCCCAGAACCUAUUCUUUCUUCUUCUUCUUCGAUGAAGCUGAGGGUUAUAAUUUGCAGAAGGCUGGAGAAACUGCUCUUAGUGGGCCAGGGCAUCUUUUAUUGCCAUUUCCUUUCACAAGUUGGCAGCCAUUUUGUUUUUGCCUCUGUAAGGGCCUCAGAGCUGAGAAGCAAGGGUUGGUUUGUACUCCUUUCAUACAGAUGUAUUUUUCCUAGAGCAAGGCCUCCAUCCAUUUUAAGAGAGAACUAUUUUAACAGGGCUCCUUCUCCUUCUCUCCUCACCGCCUCCCCUCCACCUCCCCAGUGGUUAUGGUAGGAGCAAUUCACAGCUUGGGGGAGAAAGAGCUUGUGGAUAUUUGUGCACAAAAUUGUCCCCCAUCUCACUUCUUCUCCUAGCACUUCUAAGUGGUGAAGUUUAAUAUGUGUGAGUUAAAAAGAAAAUAAGAUGUAGAUGAAGUCAAAUGGCUCUUUUGAAAGUGUGUCCUUGGUGUUGAGAGAACUGAUCUUAUGAAACACCUUUCAGGGCUGCCCUACCACGUUCCCAAGGGCCAGUUUGCUAUGUGGCAUCUUCUUACCAAGAGAUUUGGACUCUUGUCUAAAACUGUUACAUCAGUGCUGGGCAACUUGAGGUCCUCCAGUUCUUUUGGCCUACAACUCCCAUCAGCUUUCACCUCUUAGCCAUUGGGGAAGGAUGAUAAGAGUUUUAGCCAAAACAUCUGGAAGGCCACAAGUUGUCCACCCCAGGAUUGUUUUAUAAUUCAAAUGAACAUAUAUUUAGUUAUUUUGAUCCUCUGCUCAGAUUACAGAAGCCAAGUCCUCUUAUCAGGGAGCUAAUUAUGCCCCCUGUGUCUCACGCAUAUAUUUGGAACAAAGCGCAUAAUUGCCCACAGUGGUUCCUGUAUUAUAUUAUACUUCUUCGUAGGGUGGAGAGGGGUUGAAGUCUCCAUCUAGGCUAGACAGCCACCCACUGGUAAUCUCAUUAAAUGGUACCCACGUCUUCAUUUUAGCAUUUUGCCAUGUGCUGUAUGUAAACCAGUUAGCUAUCGGGGGGGGGGGCAGUUUGUUUGUGAAUGUGUGUGUUUAAACUGUGUGUCUUUGUGUAAUUGUGGGUUUUUAUUGGAACACUUAGCCUUUUAACGUCGAGCUUGGUUGGAGCGAAGCUGGAGAAAUGAGAUGGUGCUGAAAGAAAGGGACAGGUGCUUGGGAUCUCUCUGCCUCACCUGGGGCCAAAUCUCUGAUUCACCUCUGGAAAGGAAGAAGAGAGAGGGGAGGGGCGUCCACUCCAGUCUCACCCUGAAAUUGUCAGUCGUUCUACUGCGUGUGUAUAUGUGGGGAUGUUUCUGUAGCUUCGUUCCUCCUCCCCAUAUGCCCUCUCAUCUCCUUUUUGCUUCUGAUGGGGAAUGAGCAACUGAGCGCGCUGUUCCCUCCCCAGUUCUGCCGAGCAUUUGCUUUCUGUUCCAGGGUCAGAGGACGAGUUUGAGUCUCCUUGGCCCUGACAGCUUAGGUCCAGCCUGUUGGUGCUGGACUGGUUUACACACCGCUGGGAUUUCUCGAUCGAACGUUAAACAGCGAAAAAGCAUCAUCUCUCUCACCUUUCAACUUCUCAAAAUGUCCUUUCGCACCAAUUGCGUGGUUCUAUAUCCACACAGCUCCUCCGACUUACUGGCUGUGGCUGACCCUACUGGUUGUCUGCAAGCAACAUCCUGAGACGCAUGUGUCCCCUUUGCAGAUUCAGGAGAUUUGAUGCCAGCGAACCUGCUACAGCUCUAAAAUAGGGGCCCAUGAAAGUGUGCAAAGCCAUUCCCAUGGAACGAGACUGGCGGAUCAAGGAGGGCAGAUGCAGAAACUGUUCCAUCCUUUUGGGAAAUGUCUGAGCCCUCCAGUGGCCUCCUGCUCCUUGAACAAAUGACAUACCCUGGACUGUUUCAUUGGGUAUGGCUGUCGUCCAGCUGCAAGAACCAUGUCUAUUGGAAUCAUCCUGCAGAAAACAAGGGACAGCGUUGAUUGGGCGGUGCUUAGGUUGGCCCUCCUGCUUCUGCCGGCAAGCACAGGAGAGGCCAAUGGACAAAUCCGAUUGGCUCAUGACCUUAAUGGAGUGAGAGCAUAUGAUCACGGAGCAAACUAAAAAAAGGAUCUGCCAUUGUGGCUUGCCACGAAAAGGCAUAACCGUUGUACCAGGAUGGGCAGGGGAAGUUGGAUUCCAUCUGUACCAUGCACCAUCUUUCCUCUGCUCUCCAUGAAAGCCUUGGCACUUUGCAGGGCACGGCGAUGGUGCACAUAUGCGCCACCAGUCUUGUGCUCCAUUCAUGUGCUGCUUUUAAUCCCUCCUCUUUUAUCCCCAUUUGACUCUGCCAGCAGAAAAUGCAAUGCCCUGGUGUUUCUGCUGUCAUCUCUUCAUGCACAAUAUGUGGGGGGUGGGUUAACACUCAGAUGGCUCCAGGAGAAGGCUGCUCACAUGCCACUUUUCUUAUAAAUAAAUAGGGGGGAAAAGAAAAAAAAUGUGUCUGACCCUGUUUCUUACAGAGGGAAGCCAAGAGCAGGGUGCUUGAGGGUGAAUUCUGUGCACAGGGAAACAGAUAUUGAAGGUACUUAGGUUUGGAUGGCUGGGUAGUGCUCAACAGCCUUGCGCAUGCACCCUAUCAUUACAUAGCAUGGCCUGCGGGCCCCAGGUAGCUCCCUAGCCUUGUCCGGCAACCCCCAGCAUCUGUCGCUAUUUAAAAAAAGGGGGAGGAAAAGCACACUCUACAGUGGUAAGCUUUUAGAGGAGAAAAGGGCAGGGUUUACAUUUUUAAAUGUUUUAUUUGGAGCUAAGGGUAAAGGUGGGCUCAUGGGAUCCUUCUGUUGUUAAUUCGUUCAGUUGCUUCCAACGCUUCGUGACUUCAUGGACCAGCCCAUGCCAGAUACAGAUCUACAAGUUUGGGACUGGUCUGUGGGAAGCAGGGUUUUUAGCACCUAUUGUGUGCCUGUUCAGGAUUUCACUUUAUCACUUCACUUGGAGCUGGGCGUCAGCAUGGUCAGACACUGCCCCACAGCUAGGUGCAUGUGAAGAUUGUUGCCGAAUCUGGCUUUCAGUGUUCAGCAGUGUAGUAGUAGUAGUAGAGUAGGGCAUACCUAUGAAAUAAGGGAAAAUGUAUGCAUCAUGGGUUUCUGCCUCUCCUGUUCAGCCAUCCUUCUACCUCCUAAGACUUCAUCAGCUGUUGCCCCCAUACAUUAAAGUUUUGUUUCCCACCAUGAGAACUAGAAACUUGAAAGUGGAGAAUCACAUGA